AUGGAUAUUGAAGGCACACCGGCUUUCCAUGGAUACCACAUGCCUGCAGAGUGGGAACCCCAUUCACAGUGUUGGAUUGGUUGGCCUGAGCGCCCAGAUAACUGGAGAGACAAUGCAGUACCUGCUCAAAGUGUAUUCGCAAAGGUAGCUUCUGCAAUCUCAAAGUUUGAACCUGUAACUGUCUGUGCAAGUGCUACUCAGUGGAGUAAUGCGCGGAGUCAGUUACCAAAACAUAUCAGGGUUGUUGAGAUGAGUAUGAAUGAUUCUUGGUUUCGCGAUACGGGGUCAACUUUUGUUGUAAGAAAAGGCGGGUCAAGUUCUUCUGCGUCAAAGCACAAAGUUGCUGGCAUUGAUUGGAAUUUUAAUAGUUGGGGAGGUAUUGAAGAUGGAUGUUACCAAGAUUGGAGUCUUGACCUUCUUGUUGCACGGAAGAUUCUAGGAAUUGAGAAGGUCCCGAGAUUUCCACAAUCUAUAAUUCUGGAAGGUGGAAGCAUCCAUGUGGAUGGAGAAGGAACUUGCCUUACCACUGAGGAGUGCCUUUUGAAUAAAAACAGGAAUCCACAUUUGACCAAGGAACAAAUCGAGGAGGUACUGAAGGCAUAUCUUGGAGUCAGAAAGAUUAUUUGGUUGCCUCGGGGACUAUUUGGUGAUGACGACACUAAUGGUCAUAUUGACAAUAUGUGCUGUUUUGUAAAGCCUGGAGAGGUUAUGUUGUCCUGGACCAAUGAUGAAACGGAUCCUCAGUAUGAGCGAUCUCUUGAAGCCUUUUCUGUUCUCUCCAAUGCUACUGAUGCCAGUGGCAGGAAAUUUGAAAUAAUUAAAAUCCACGUACCGGGACCGUUAUACAUGACUGAUGAAGAGGCUGCUGGCGUUAAGACGGAUAAUGAAGCUAAACCAAGAGUUGCGGGUACAAGACUUGCAGCUUCAUAUGUAAAUUUCUACAUUGCUAAUGGAGGAAUCAUUUUACCACAAUUUGGGGACCAGAAAUGGGAUGACGAAGCAGUUCGUGUCCUGUCUCAAACCUUUCCGAGCCAUGAAGUGGUGAGAAUUGAAGGUGCAAGGGAGAUAGUUUUAGCGGGUGGAAAUAUACAUUGCAUAACUCAGCAACAACCAGCCAUUCCAACUUAAUGGCACAUGUAUUAUUGGUACUCAUAACAUUAGCUGAGGCUUGUUCGUUUUGUUGGUUCGAAUUGCAAUUCAAGUUUUUGUUAUGAUAUUUU